AUGCCAUAGCUAUCCAAAUCAGUGAGUCCAAUAACCAAUACUUAGACAAAUUUUCAUUCAAGUUCAUUGCAAUACUCUACUUACAAUUCAUUAACCUAGAGCAGAUAAAAGGAGAGAAUAUUUUAAUAAAAAAAAAUCCCUGUCAACAUUCAAAAAAACUCAUUGUUUGACCUUAAAUCAUCAAAGUUGUCAAAUUCAAAUCUGCAUUCCACAAUCGGAGUCUCAGAAUUCGAUAAACCAUUACACUUUUAAACAGAUCAAUUAAUCUAAAGACCUGUUGCAAUAGAAUCCAAACCUAAAAUAUAGGAAUAAAAUAAUGUUUAGAAUUUUGCUCCAAUUUUAGAAGAAAAGAAUGACAGAUUCAUUAAAAUAGGAGUAGUCAUCAUAAUAGUGUUAUUAUUAUUAAUAGGCGUUCUCAAAUUCAAGUGA